CAUUAUAUUUUGUCUUAAAACUAAAUAUUUACUAAAACACCUUCAUAAAAGUUCAAAAGAACCAAAAUUUUUGUACAAUGUUGUAAACCAUAUAUUCCUCUAUCUUAUAAUCGAAUACCUAAUGAAGGAGCGAAAGAAAUUCGCCAAACUUGUUUUAGAUCUUCAGCAUGAAAAGAAAAACGAAAAUAAAGUAGAGAUAGUGGCAAAAAAAAGGUCAAAUGUGAAUGUCGAAGAUGCUCAAAAACAUGAAGAUCAAAGUUUUUUUAAAUCAUACAUUGAACUCUGUUGUGAGAAUGCGAUUUUAAGGUCAUCUCUAGAGAAAUUAGAUAAAGAGAAGAAAAUUAUUGAAAACAAUUUAUUAAAUAUUAUUACUCAGUAGCAACAAUUUUACUGAGUAAUAACAAUGCACAAUGAUCUGAAAGUUUAUUGCAGCAAGUUUAUAGUAUGUACCAAAGAUGACCUGUUUAAAGAAGAUAUGAAGCUAGAGGUGCAACAAUUUCUGGCCAAAUCUCAGAAGACGACGUUCCAUUCGGAUACUAGUUAUAGUAUAAACUGCAUAAGUAAAAAUAGUUUCUUAAAUGGACUUAGUUCGAGAUCUAUAAUAUAUGAAUACACUGAAAAUUAAUGACUUAUGGCUUUCGGUGUAUCGCAUCAUACGGCAUAUUAUUACUUGUAUUAAAAAAAAAGGCUAUUUAAUCUGUAAAGUUAAGAGUCUGUGGGUGAAGAAAAUAACAUUACUAAGUUGUCACUUGUCAAACUAUUUAAAACAUAACCUAAAACUAUCUCCAUACUCUCUCUUUACCUAAAACAUAACCAUGCAUCGAGUAUUUUGAUUUUUGAAGGAGUUUUUGUUGGUUAUUUACAUAUUUUAUUUGUUCAAUAACACAAAAAUACUCAAAGUCACUUUAGUUUAUCAUCGAAGAAAAUCUGGAACACAAGAGAAUUCAGAAAAUUUCAUGAAUACCCUCAAUUGCGAAUUCGGUCAUAAAAUUUAACGUCACAAGAUUUAAAUAAUAUGUCAUCAGAAUUGAAAACAAUUGAAGCAAAUGAUAUUUCUUGGAAGAAAAUAGAAAAUGAAGGACUGGACUUGGACUACGCAGUUCCCAUCGCAAGAUCUGUUGCAAAUCGUAUAUUGAAGGAACUUAACGAAAACUUAGAAUAUUUUACAGGUGAUUUGGCAAAAAUUAAGGUUUUCGGUAAAGUAUACCCAUUGCCGCGGCAGCAGGUCGCAUACGGCGAUCCCGGCAUCACUUACACAUACUCCGGGCUGAAGGUGCCGGCGCUACCCUGGCCUGCGGUCGUACUGGAGCUACGAGACUUCCUUCAUAAGAUGACGGGCAUAAAAUACGAUUUCGUACUAGUCAAUAAAUAUAGAAAUGGCAAGGACCACAUGGGUGAACACAGGGAUAACGAGCCCGAUCUCGAUACAAACUAUCCUAUUGCGUCCAUAUCAUUCGGGGAGGAGAGGCCGUUUGUGUUGAAGCACAAAGACGCACGAAAACCUGGACCUAACAAAAGACAAAUUCCAUCAGUUACCGUUAAAUUAGAACAUGGAAGUGUUCUUUUAAUGAACCCCCCGACGAACGAUAUUUGGUACCACUCGUUGCCGGCGAGAAAGAAGCUUUUGGGAGCUCGUAUAAACCUUACUUUUAGAAAAAUGAAUACUAAAAACUCAUUUGUUUGUAGCUAAUAAAUUAGAUUUUAAUGUUA